CCACCAUGUUGUAGGAAACCCUGCGCGGCUGCUCCUCACUCACUGUCAGAUUACGGUCUAAUCCCAGGAGGAGGACGCGAAGGAGGAGGCGGGGGACGCCGUGUCAAGACGCCGCCUGCGCCUCGGAAGCCGUCGGUGGAGCACAGUGACCGGCCCGCACUCGGACUAUGAAGCGCCUUGUGUUGCUCCAGCGAGCCGCCGACACCUGAAGAUGUUAGCGGCUAACUAGCCGCGAAUGAGCCGCUAAUUCGGAUUACGCCGCGCACUUCACCUGGUGCUUCAGCUCCGUGUGACAGCAUUCGAAGCUGCACUCGGCUGGUGUGGACUGUUGCGGUCCGCAGCGCCUGUCUGCGCCCUCAGAUCCAGCGCGCGAGCUGCACAUCCGUCGGUAGCUGAUUCUGGGCACCGACCGAAACGGACGCCUCUGUUGGUCCAUGAUAUAAGUCGGUUUCAAGUAUUCCGAGUUCGACUGGGGACGAAGCCAAGAUGUCCGGGAAGGAUAAAGACAAGCAGGAGAAGCAGUCGACCACCGAGCGGCUCGUCAAAGCUGUGCCAUACCCACCACAACACAAACUUACCAUGAAGGAGUUGUUUGUGGAUGGCAAACCUAAUGCUGAGCUGCUGCGCACACACCUGGUGAAGGAGGGUCGAGUCGAGGAGGAGGUGGCCCUCAAGAUCAUCAACGACGGCGCCAAUAUCCUCCGCCAAGAGAAGUGCAUGCUGGAAGUGGAGGCGCCAAUUACAGUGUGCGGGGAUGUCCACGGACAAUUCUUCGACCUCAUGAAGCUGUUUGAAGUGGGAGGGUCGCCCAGUAACACGCGCUAUCUCUUCCUCGGUGACUAUGUCGAUCGAGGAUACUUCAGUAUUGAGUGUGUUCUCUACCUCUGGUCUCUCAAGAUCAACCACUCCACCACAUUCUUUCUCCUGAGGGGGAACCACGAGUGCCGGCAUCUCACAGAGUACUUCACCUUCAAACAGGAAUGUAAAAUUAAAUACUCUGAGCGAGUGUACGACGCCUGCAUGGAGGCGUUCGACUGCCUGCCACUGGCUGCUUUGCUCAAUCAACAGUUCCUGUGUGUGCACGGGGGACUCUCUCCCGAAAUAAACUGCCUAGACGACAUAAGGAAAUUAGACAGGUUUAAAGAGCCCCCUGCGUUUGGGCCCAUGUGUGACCUGAUUUGGGCCGAUCCCGGGGAGGACUACGGUAGCGAGAAGACCAGUGAACACUUCAGCCACAAUUCAGUUAGAGGAUGCUCCUAUUUUUUCAGUUACUCUGCAGUGUGCGACUUUUUGGUAAAUAAUAACCUGCUCUCCGUAAUAAGAGCUCAUGAAGCACAGGACGCUGGGUACCGGAUGUAUAGAAAAAGUCAGACCACAGGCUUUCCCUCCUUAAUCACCAUCUUCUCGGCUCCAAAUUACCUAGACGUCUACAACAACAAAGCCGCCGUGUUGAAAUACGAGAACAACGUGAUGAACAUUCGACAGUUCAAUUGCUCCCCUCAUCCGUACUGGUUGCCUAACUUCAUGGAUGUCUUCACCUGGUCUUUGCCUUUCGUUGGAGAGAAGGUGACGGAGAUGCUGGUCAACGUGCUGAACAUUUGCUCCGACGACGAGCUCAUGUCAGAGGGAGAUGAUCUCUAUGAAGGUGGCACCACCGCGAUGCGUAAGGAGGUGAUCCGGAACAAGAUCCGAGCAGUGGGCAAAAUGGCCCGGGUCUUCUCUGUACUCAGGGAGGAGAGCGAGAGUGUGCUUACACUCAAAGGCCUGACCCCGACCGGAACUCUGCCGAUGGGCGUGCUGUCAGGCGGAAAGCAGACCUUACAGACCGCUACCAUUGAGGCAGCUAAAGCAAAAGCCAUUCAAGGCUUCUCUCCGACGAGGAAGAUUCGGAACUUUGAGGAGGCGCGGGGCCUGGACCGGAUAAACGAGAGGAUGCCUCCUCGCAAAGAUGGCCAGCAGCCGGACGGCACCACCAACAACACCUCCAACAAGAAUGGCACUGAUGGAUAGAAGGCAGAAGCUCCACCCCCAGAACCGCGCAGAGCCCAUACCGCCACUCCAGCUCCCCUCUUUUCCUCCUUUUUCUUCCCCCCCGCUUGGACUCCUCAGUCGCCUGACCACCACAGAUUGGGCAGGAGGCAGACUUGUCGCUUAAUAAACACAAAAGCCGGCGCUUGAAAGGAACACCAUCGGAAAAAUCCUAUUUAAAUAAGUCCCACUAGAUAUAUCGUGUUUUAGCAAGGCAUUUUCAUUGCAGGUGUUAACGUAUAAAUCUUGUAUUCAAGUCCUAAUUUGUACAUGUUAAGUUGUAAACAAUUUUUUUUUUUUAAGUUGCACCAGAAAGUGUUUUAGGCUUUUUUAAAAGUGUGUGUUUAAAAGCGGCACAUUUUCAGAAUUCUUUUCAGAAGGAAUCACUUCAGUGUCGCAGAUCUUGUCAUGACUGAGAACCUUGACAAGGGCGGGUGCUGCCCAAGUCAUGGCACGCGGACUCCAAGGCUGCUUUGGAUCGCAGUGGCGACCCGCUCGCUUUAGUCUGUCUCACCUUGGUUGAGGACUCCUCCCCAUCGACUGUCAUCAAUGCUGAAUAAGCUUUAACGUUGUAUAGUGGCGCUUUGAAGGGAAAACUCGAGGGAACUGUCUUCAGCAGAAGAUACCGUCGAGAAUUUUAGCUUCUCCAUCCAGUGUUUGAUUCUGUGGAUGAUUAAUCUCAUGUGUUACGAGAAUAAGGGAACUAUUUAAUAUUUUGUAUCAUGUUCAGAAAUGAUGAGACUUAUUUGUAAGGCAGAACUUUUUAAACCCAAAGAUGAGAGCGGAAUAGUAUUCAGCGUUUUCCCCCUGCGUUGUCUUACCCAAAUAAGAUCGGUUUGCUUGAAGGUUUCUGUUUGUGUUGCUUGGGACCUGAACAGGACGUGCUGCUCCGAAGGGUCACAUGACAGAGACUUCGGGUCGACUCGUGUUUCAGUCAUCGAGGGAGGGAAAAGCCUUCUCUUCCUUUAAUAUCUUGACGUCUUCGACACAUAUUUUCAAUUGUCUAUUGUUAAAAAAGGGAAACAUUUGAGUGCGAUCUUGUCAAGUACAGUUUUUUUUUUAAGCGCGUCCUCGACCCUUUAAAACUUUUGCAAGAACAAAUCAAUUGGUGCUGUGAGACGCUGGACUGUAACUCUGUCCAAAGGAAGGUUUCUUGUGCCCUUUGUUCAUUUAUUACAGGAGGUGUUUGCACUCAUGUGCCAUGCCUGCGCGGCCACACAUGAAGACUUAUACGGGUGACAACAUGCAAGCAUGUGAAUCGGAGUAAUGUUUCUAAGUAUUGGACAGGAGUAUGUCAUUUAUUUGAAGGGAACUCUUAAUGGGUAAGACCAGAGGUCCAGUGUAGGAGAGUGUGAUAUCGAUGACCUUAGAGGUUGUUUAAACAAAUAUAGACUUUGUCUUGCAAGGCCAUGAAUUGUUUUAUGUAGAUGUAUCAUUUGAAAUCCCAAAAUAAUAAAAUUGAUGACAGUAUUUUA